AUGAUUAUUGUAGCAUUAAUAAAUUUAAUCAAUAUCGUUUUAAUUCUAGGUUAAAGUUCAAACAAUUGUGGGAUAGGUUGCUAAUUUUGUGCAGUAGACUCUAACAGCAAUUCUUACAAAUGCAACCUUUGUUUUGAGGGUUACUAAUUUGAUAGCUCAAAUAAUGUUUGCGUUUACUAAAAAUGCUUAGAUAACUUCUACUUCUAAAUUAAUGAAAAUUCUAAUAACGAUUCAAAUGGAAGUUGUGUAUCUAUUUGUAAUCCACUCUAUAUAGGCGAUCUCAUUUAAAAAGUAUGCAAAAAGCUUAUCUAAUGUUCAUCCUCAUUUGCUACUUAACCAAAUUUUAUUGGUAUUGACAUAGCUUAAGACUUUUUUGUUUAUUAGAAAGAUUAUUAUGUAGCAAUAUAGUAAGGGUAUCUGUCUAUUUUUGGAUAGUAAAAACUUUAACUAAUAGCUCAUGUCAAUUAAACUUAAAAUGACUUAAAAAUUUAAAAUAUAAAUGGAGAAAUAAUUGUACUCACAAAUAAUAAUUAGGUAAUUCUAUGGGAUAUUAUUAACAAUCAAAGAACUUUUAUUAUGAAUAAUGCUAGCUUUAAUUUUACUUCUAAGACUUAAUUAUCUAGUUUUAUGAAUCAAUUUUUUUUAAUCUAGUCAGUUGAUUCAAUAACAUUGACUUUAUAAAUAAUCUAUGAUUAAGUUAAUCAGAUGCCAUUGUUAUCAAAUUUAAUUUAAAUUAAUAUAGAUUAAAAAUAAUUUUAAAUUGAGAAUGAUUUGCUAAUUGUUCAAAAUUAAUAUGGUAUUUCUGUUUCUCAAAUAAUUCUGUAGUAUUAAUAAAAAGAGUUAAGCAUAUAGUUAGGAAAUACCUCAAAUUGCGAUACUAAUUAAGUGGGUAGUUUUAUCUCUAUAUAAAAAACUAAUUCAUAAUUCUUAUACCUUUCUAUACACUCUGAUGGAGUUUUAAUUCUAAAUCUUAACUCUUAACUAUGUUCUGUAAAGUAUAUUGAUCAAGGAAUUUAAAAAGGGAAAUUGAUAGAAACGUCUGAUAAUUUAGGUUAAAUUAACUAAUAUUUCAUAUUUAUGAAAUAAUAAAAUUUGUUUAAUUUUAAUAUAAUAACUUCAUCACUUUAAAAAAUAACAAAUAAUUCAAUAUUAGACUUUGAAAUUGGAAAUUUUUUAAAUGGUGAUAACUAAAUUAUUAUAUUGUAAGAUUAGUUAAUAAAUGUGUACAAUAUUAGUUAACUAAAUAAUUAAUUUGAAAUUUACUAUUCUUUGGCUUUGAUGAAUACCCCAUCUAAUUAAAUUAAAAAAAUACAAUAAAAAUAUUAAUUUAACUAUACAUUAGAGCAAUAUACCUAAUAUCAAACAAUUAUGAUAGGAUAAUAAAUUUAAAUAAUUAGAGAAAACCUUCAAAAUUCAUAACUUGAAAUUUAAAUAGUUGAUAACUAUUAACUGUCUUAUCCUACACCUAGUUCCUAAGUGAAUUCUUUAACUUUAAUUUAUAAUCCUCCAAUACUUGUUACAUGCCAUUAAAAUGGCGAUAUCGUAUUUUAUGAUAUAUCUUCUGGUAUAGAAAUGUAACUUAUUAUUCGCAUGCAAUUCCAACCUUAGUCGUGUUUGCAAAUUGCUAGAUUUUCAAACAACGACAUUGCUGUUUAAAUGAAUUAACAGAUUUUACUUAUUGACCCUUACCUAUAAAUUUAAAAAAAUUAGAUAAAUUUGAGCAACAUAAACUCUUUUUCACUUAACUAUGAUAAAUUGGCAAUAAGUUAUGAAAAUUGUAUAGCUAUAUUUUCCCAAGAUUUUUCAAAUUUGUUUUAAUAAUGUGAUAGUUAUUAUUCUUAAAUAAUAAAUAUAUUUUUGAAUUCAGAUUUGAAAAUAGUUAUUUAAACAAACUAAUAAAUUAUCUUAUAUCAGAUUUAAAUUUCUCCCAAUUAACAAAUAAAUUAACUGAGUCAAAUAUAAAGCUAAAACGAGAUUACGUAUUUCAGUUGCAUUACAAUAUUUAAUAAUGAUUAGGAUUUAAUUAAAAACAAUUACUCGAUUGACGAAAUUGUAUAUUUUGAUAGUUAAUAAAAUUUUGUAAUUUAUGAUAAUUAGCUUUAAAUCAUUCAUUAAAUUUCUAAAAUUGCUUUGACUACUGUUAACCAAGCUAAAAGGGUAAUAAAUGAUAACUCUGUUUAUUUUCUGAUUGGUUUGUCUGAUUCAGAUAAUCCUGUAGUAAAAAUACAUGCAGUUUCAAAAAAUUCGACUGUCUCUUACAAAAUUGACUCAUUUUAGUACUCUCCCUUCAUAGAUGAUCCUGUGAAAAUCACUAAUAGUGCUGGUUCUGUAUUUUAUCAUGUUAAGCAUAUAAUGCAAUUGAAUUUUUACACUGUACAUGAGGAGUAUUAAAUGGAUUUAGUUAGAAAUAUUACAUAUACAUAUGGACAUGACUACAUUGUAGGAGCUACCUAAACAGUUUAAGCUAAAAUGAAGUUAGGAUCUUAAAGCAAUUUUAUAGAUUAUGCUGGAACAUAGUAAGGUCUUUCUGGAUCCUUGAAGUAUUAACUUUUAAGAUACAAUACUCUUGAUGAAUCAAAUAUUUUCUCUAGCCAAAAAGCUUCUGAUGAAGAAAUACUAGAAGUAAUACAAAGUACUAAUUUAUUUAUGUAUUUUGUAAGGACUUCUUACUAAAUUACAUCUUUUAGCUUGUUUACAAAUUCAUUUAUUGAAAUUUUAAAACCUUAAAAUUCAUCUGAUUCUCCAUUUACCCAGAUCAAGGAAAUCUAGGAUUUAAAUAGCAUCAUUUGCUGGAAUUAAAACUAAAUACUACUUUCUACUUAUGGAGAGAUUAAUAAAAAAUAUUAUUAUAAAAAGAUGAGUUAAAUUAAUGGAUGGAUUUUUGAUGAUUCUCGUAAAUUAAUUUAUGUUUAUGGAUUUUCAUUUGCUAUAUUAGAUUCGAGUUUAAAUUUGUUAAAAACAAUAUCAAGCUAAACCUCAAAUCUUAAAUACAUUUAAUGCGAAAAUAGUUAAGAUAUUCUUAUAUGCAGCAAUUCAAUUACUUAGUUUUCUUUGAUCGAUAAGAAUACAAAUAAAUUAAUUCAAAGUAUUUAAGUAAAUGGAUUUUAGAAUUAAUUUAAAAUAGGAAUAGAUGAUGAAAAUCAAAGCUUAUAUCUCUUUGACUCAUAAAUAUAAAUUUUUAGUAUUCAAGGUAUUUAUAAUCAAAUGAUAUAGAUAGAUUCUAACUCAUUCUAGAAGUUCGAAAUACAUCAGUCAUUUGUGGUAUUAUUUUCACCAUCAAAUUUGAUUGUGAUAGAUAGAAUAUAAAAAACUAUAGAAAGUCAAAUUUAAGGACCAUCUGGUUUAAAUAUUGUAAAUUAUCUUUAUCUGGAUUCUCUAUCACAAGUUGCUAUUUAUUGUGAUAAUUCAUUAUUCGCCUAAGUAUAUAUUUACAAUAUUCCCUCAACCACUUUAGCUGGGAAAAUAUAAGGAGCCUUUACUUGGAACUAGUUUGGUAUAGUGAUUGGUCUAGAUUAUGAUCCUAGCUAAAAUGACAUAAUGUACUUAGAUGAUACUGGAAAUUUUUAUAUUUAUGAAUUAUUCAAUGAGUAUGAUAUUUUGAAUAAUUGCAAAAUAACAGAAGUUCUAGAUAGAAAUGAGUAAUUAAUAGGUUUUACAUACAACUAAAUCUACAAUAAUGUGUUUGUAUAUAGCAAGACUUCUAUAUAUUAAAUUAAUUAUAGUAAAUUCGGAGUCAAAUAUCAAUAUGGAUUAAAUGAGCCUUUUAAAUAAUUCACCUAAAUUCCUAUAUCAUAAUAAGAGAGCUAAUUCCUUUUACUAAAUAUAGAUAAUAAUUUAUUUAGAUAUUAAAAUCAGUCAAUUAUUUAUGAGAGCACAUUUAACUAAAUGCCGAUAGAUUUGUUGUAUGCAAAUACAGAAGAUGUUUUGGUUGUAGGAUUUAGUGAUUGUAUUGUAUUUUACUUGAAUUACUAAAAUCUUGAAAUUAAUAACUAAUAAAAAUUAUAAAUUUAACUUAAAGAUGUUAAAUUUUUUAAAUUUUUACAAAAUAACAUUUAUUUAACUUAUGAUAAAAAGAUUAUUCAUUGCGAUAUUACAACUGGAAGCAUAAUAAACGUAAUUGAAUUAGAUCCUUAAUCGUUCGUUACUAACUAUACAUCCAAUUUGAAUAAUAAAAUAAUUUUAAUCGGACUAAGCAAUGGAAGCCUAUUGUAGUACAAUUUGCUAGAUUAAUCAUAUAUAUAUUAUAGCAUAUCAAGUAACUCAACUAUUAACACAUCUAUAGUAUCUAUUUGCAUAGAUAAUAAUUUGCAAUAGACAGCCAUAUUUGCAACAAAUGGUGGUAUGGUACAACAAAUAAAUAUAACCUAAUAAAUAUUAAUUUAAGAAAUAAAUCUAAUUUCCUCUGUUAAUGAAGAAUUUAAUAUUAAUUUAAUAGAUCUUAAGAAAUAAAAUCUAAAUGACUGA